CUGGCUCUGACACUUACAGCACGUGCUGCACCGUUAUCUGGCAUUGCCAAUCAUGUUGAAGGAAAACAUGUUUAUUGUUCUCUGCUGCUUCUGUAUGAGGAUAAGGCCUCUGGAUGCAAAAUUGGUGGACGAUGAGACAUCACCUCCACAGGAGGCUACAAAGGUGACAAUGGACCCAUCUUUAGCCUCUGAUUCUGUAAAGGUUCAGAAUAUCUCCAUCCAUGCUGUCACAAAUGCCUCACUGGAGGCCUCUGAAGCCUCAGUGCAGGUCUCCUCAGAUCUGUCCAGGAUCAUCGGUAUCCCUCUGAGCCUGUCUCUGGACUCUGUUGAUGACAUGUAUUAUGGCUGCUCCCAGAAGAUGCUCAUCAAGGUGAAACGUCACUAUCUGCCAAGGAGCACUCGAGAAGGUCUGCACACCAAAUACACAAAACUUUGUGCCUUUAAAGUCAUGAAGAACAAGGACAUCUAUGACCCUCUGUCCUGGAAUCACCUCCUGGCUCUGUGUGCCUACACAGCGGCGACCUAUAACGACUUGAACCGAGCAGUCCGGAAGGGAAAGGCUUCCUACAAGACCUCGUUUGAAUUCCAUGCUAUCCACUUCCUGCUGUCUGAUGCCAUCCAGCUCCUGAAACUCAACCAAAGGAGCUGCUACACCACCUACCGUAGGAGCAAACUGCUCUUCAGUGGGGAAGCUGGACAAACCAUCCGCUUUGGCUCUUUUGCCUCCAGCUCCCUCAACAAGGACCUGCGUCACUUUGGACAAAGGACCUGCUUUGAGAUACAGACAUGUUUCGGUGCCUACCUCAAGUCCUAUUCAGAGUUUGACUCAGAUGAGGAUGAAGUACUGAUUCCUCCAUAUGAGAUGUUCCGUAUUGUCUCUGUGGACACGACAGGAGAGAAUGAUUUACACUGUGAUGUUUUCUACAAGCUUGAGACUGCAGGUGUUUACAGCAGCCUCAACUGCCAGGCUCUGGCCCUUUAG